CACUCUCUCUGUCUUUCUCUUUCUCUUUCUGUGUGUGUGUGUGUGUGUGCAGAGACGGGGAAUUGAUGGCCACACUCUCUAUCCCGUCUUAUCUUCUUCUUCUUCUUCUGUUUCUGUUUUAGCUCUCUCUCUCUCUCUCUUCCUUCUAAUUGUUGGGAGGAUUUGUUUUUACUUGCUUGCCCUUUUUCCGAAAUUCGAAUUUUUUACUUAUAAGUUUGGGAGACAAAGCAAAGCUAUAUUAUCGUUUAUCAUCAUCUCUGCUGACACACACUGUGCUCCCCGGAUCUCCACUCUGCGGGAAAAAGCCAUGUGAAGAUCUCCGCCACCGCCACCACCACCACCACCUCCCCUGCCACACCAUCUCAACUUGGACAGAGAGAGAGAGAGGAAUUGAGAGAACCGGAAGAAAGUGAAGAUAUGGAAUUCGACGAGCAUGAAGACCAAGACGAGGAAAUGGAGAUUCCGGUGCACCACCACCAUCCGCCGCCGCCCACCGGCUACGACUCCCUGGGCAACUCCGCCAGGCCAAGCGGUUCCGCGGCGGUCGGGGAGGGCGGGGCCUCCGCGGCGCCCAGGAAGUCCGCUUCGUCGUCCGUGCGGUACCGGGAGUGCCUCAAGAACCACGCGGUGGGCAUAGGCGGGAGCGCCGUCGACGGCUGCGGCGAGUUCAUGGCGGCCGGGGAGGAGGGCACCCUCGACGCCCUCAAGUGCGCCGCCUGCAACUGCCACCGCAACUUCCACCGCAAGGAGAACGACGCCGGCGACGGAGGCGGCGGCGGGGCCCUGGUGAGCUACCACCACCAGCACCAUCACCACGGCCAGCAGCACCCCCAGUUCUCGCCCUACUACAGGGCCGCCCCCCCGCCGGCGGGGUACCUGCACCUGACCCCACCGCAGCAGCAGCACCGGCCCCUGGCCCUGCCGGCGGCUUCGGGGGGCGGCCACAGCAGGGACGAGCUGGAGGACGUGUCGAACCCCAGCAGCAGCGGCGGCGGCGGCAGCGGAGGAAGCGGGAUGAAGAAGAGGUUCAGGACCAAGUUCACGCCUGAGCAGAAGGAGAAGAUGCUGGGUUUCGCGGAGAGGCUGGGGUGGAGGAUCCAGAAGCACGACGAGGCGGCGGUGGAGCAGUUCUGCGCGGAGUCCGGGGUGAGACGCCACGUGCUCAAGGUGUGGAUGCACAACAACAAGCACACCCUCGGUAAGAAACCCUAAUUGGCCUUGUCCAAGUGGCUGAAGGAUCGAUGGGGUUAGGUGAUAACAUCAGUUCUUUACUUUUCUUCCAUUUUAGGUUUAGGGCUCUUGUUUACUUCUCUUGCUUUUUUUUUAGUAGAUGUUGAUCACUUGGUGGUUUUAGCUAGUUCUCGAGAGUCGGAUAAUCAUUUGUAGUUCUUACUAGUUCUUGGAUGCUGGUGUUUGGUGGGUGAUUAUGAGGAUGAUGAAGCUAGAGAGAGAAGUAGGAAAACGUUAAUUUGACCCCCCUUUAAGGAUGGAUGGGCCAUUUGCUCAUGAAGCUUUAAGUUACUUUGGCAUUUCCAUUAA